AUGCAGGAUAUGUUUUCAGUGUACAUGGAAACCCACUUACGGAUGUCGUUCAUCGGGCUGUAUAGUGAGUUCGAGCAGUCGGAAGCAGACCGGAAUAUUGAGAUAGAAAAUUAUAACAGUGACAGUGAGUAUGAGUUCGAAAGUAAUUAUGAAUGCCUUGAUCCGGGUGGAGACGAAGAUCAGGCUGACAACACUAUGCAGGCAGAUGUGGCGGAUGUGGCAAAUGCACUAGUAAACCAGCAUCCGUUUGUGAAGCCUACUUUCAUGCGCUCGUUGGAUUUGGAGGCCAUGCAUACAUCGGAAUUUCCUGAGUAUAUGAAUGCAGGUCAACCGGGUAAACUAGUGACCCAGUCGUAUGACCUGGUUGAUAACCGGUUCAGUGCUGCUAACUAUGAAUACAUCAUUUGUGGUGUGAAUGUAGCAGAGUUUCCUGCUGUAGCAGAUGGUGAAUUCAUCGUGGGGAUGGAAUUCAGUUCUAGGGAGGCAGUGAUUAAGGCAAUAAAAGAUUACACAAUCCGUCGAGGCGUAGAUUAUCGGGUGUACAAGUCGGAGCCAACAACAUUCUAUGCUAAAUGUACACAGUACAGUGCUGUAUUUCUGGGAGAUAAGGAGGACAAUGAUAGUCACACGUGUACUCGAGCCACCAUUUCUCAAGAUCAUUCGAAAUUGGGUUCCGACACAAUUGCAGAAGCAAUUAAGCCUUUGGUAGAAGUUGACCCAUCUAUAAAGGUCAAAUCAGUCAUUGCGGAAGUACAGUCGAAGUUUAAUUACACCGUAAGUUAUCGCAAAGCCUGGUUAGCAAAGCAGAAGGCAGUGGAGUCAAUUUUCGGCGGGUGGGAAGCUUCGUAUGGAACUUUGCCCAUAUGGUUUGAGGCCAUGUGUCACAAAGAGCCAUCGGCGGUCGUUCACUUUGAAACAAUGCCUGCGUACCAGGGUGAUGACUUGGUUCCUGACAUCCGUGUCUUACAUCGAGUCUUCUGGAGUUAUUACCCUUUUUCUCAGGACGGCAACAACAAUAUUGUGACCAUUGCGUUUGCGAUAGUGGAGGGAGAGACAUCUGACGCGUGGCACUUUUUCUCAGUAACUUGCGACAGCAUGUGGCAUAUAGAGUCAAACUUCCUGAGAAAGUUCAAGGCUCCGUACUUGCAGAAGCUUAUCGUCAACAUAGGCCUUUUGUGUAACACAAAAUAUUCGAGGACGAUUCGCGAGUACGAGAUACGUUAUCAGCGAUUGCGCGAACGCGGUGAGGCGUACAGUAAUUGGCUAGACAGGAUACCACAUGAACAGUAUGCCUUGGCAUUUGAUGGUGGUUACCGAUGGGGUCAUAUGACAACCAAUCUAGUGGAGUGCAUCAACUCGAUUUUGAAAGGAGUGCAUAAUCUCUCAGUCACUGCACUUGUUAAGGCAACGUUUUACAGGCUUAAUGAGUUGUUCACACGAAAAAGAGUCGAGGCUGAGGCUCGUAUUAAUGCUGGACAUGUGUUCUCUGAGAUUGUGACUACUAAAUUGCAUGCAAAUCAGCGGGCAUCGGAAAACAUCCAGGUUAGUUGCUUUGAUAGACAGAAUGAGGUAUUUGAGGUACGUGAGAUGCCUAGUGGAGUGGAGUAUGCAGUCGACUUACGUCGAAGAGUAUGCGACUGUGGUGAAUUCCAAGUGGAUCGCAUUCCGUGUCGACAUGUAUUUGCUUAUUAUGCAAAUCAGCGAGUUGAUUGGCAGGUGUACGUUCAUGAAGUAUACAAGAUGGACCAAAUUCGAAGAGUUUACAGAGCAAGGUUUAGGCCGCUAGAAAAUCUGACGAUAUGGCCUGUUUAUACUGGACCUCGAUUCGUAGGCAAUCCGUUUCUCAGACGUGUUGCCAAAGGUCGGCCAAAGAUGACCCGCUUCUUGAAUGAGAUGGACACUUGGAUGUUGCGUGCACCGAGGCGCUGUAAGCAAUGUGGAGUCGAGGGCCACAGCCGUAGCAGAUGUCGUCAACGUGGUGGUGCAAGUGCAGAUCCAACCACAUAA